UUUUUUUUUUAUCUUUAUUUACUUACACUGACCAUAUUCUCAUCAACAUAAUGUCACCGUCAAAAGAAGAGAUUCCUAAUAAUGCCAAUGAACACUGUCCUGGACCCGAAAGCGAAAAGGCAGGAAAAGAAGAUGCUUGUGCUGGUUGUCCCAAUCAACAAAUAUGUGCUACCACUCCUAAAGGACCUGAUCCAGAUCUCCCAGCUAUUAACGAAAGAAUGAAACAUGUUCAACACAAGAUCCUUGUACUCUCCGGUAAAGGUGGUGUUGGUAAAUCCAGUUUUACUUCACAACUAGCGUUUGCAUUAUCACAGGAUGAGGAUCGACAAGUAGGUGUGAUGGAUAUCGAUAUAUGUGGUCCUUCUGUACCAACAAUUAUGGGUGUGGCAGGUGAACAGAUCCAUCAAAGUAACACAGGUUGGCAACCAGUUUAUGUACAAGAGAACCUUGGUGUAAUGAGUAUUGGAUUCAUGUUAGCUGACCAGAACGAUGCUGUGAUUUGGCGUGGACCUAAGAAGAAUGGACUGAUCAAACAAUUCCUUCGAGACGUAGAAUGGGGCAAGUUGGAUUACUUAUUGGUUGAUACACCACCUGGUACUUCUGAUGAACAUCUUUCUGUAUCAACUUAUUUGAAACCAAGUGGUGUGGAUGGUGCUGUUAUUGUCACUACACCUCAAGAAGUGGCUCUGCAAGAUGUACGUAAAGAAAUUGAUUUUUGUCAUAAGGCUGGUAUUCCUAUUUUGGGCCUAGUGGAAAAUAUGUCUGGUUUUGUGUGUCCAAAUUGUCAAGGUGAAUCCGUCAUUUUUCCUCCUACUUCUGGUGGUGCUCAAGCUUUGGCUGAAGAAUUAGGUAUUACUUUACUAGGUCGUAUUCCAUUGGAUCCUCGAGUGGCUAAAAGUUGUGAUAUGGGUAUUUCUUUCUUGGAUGAAUAUCCCGAUUCACCUGCAUGUGCUGCUUUUGAACAUAUUAUUGAAAAACUACAAGGAUUAGUAGAAUAGAUACACACUUUAUUUCAUUAUUUUAUUAUUAUUAUUUUUCUUUCUUUAUUUUGUAUAAUAGUCACCUUUUAUUAUUUUUUUUUUCUCAUUCCCGAAAUAAACAAUAUAUUUUCUUCCUCCUUCUGAAUGU